UAGAGGCUCAGAUUCUGGCUGACAUUCAGCCGAUCCAGGUCAUGUGGAAGAUGGACGACCGGGAACUGAUACAAUCGGAGAGAAUUGAAAUGUCCUUUAUGCAGGACACCGGAGUGGCGCGUCUCGUGAUCCGGAAACCCAGUCAGCCGGACUAUGGUGAAUACACCUGCGUGGCAAUCGGCGAGAUGUUUGAGACACAGACAGGAAGGCGGGUCUCCAAGACGAUCAUGUCUAGCUCUACUGUCCUCGUCGAAGGUAAGUUAACUUUUACUUGCAUAACUUGUAAUAGCAAGCUCAAAUUAACAUUAUACAUCAAUUUAGUUUAUUAA